AUGAAUACUUUAAUUGCACCAGCCCCAGGUUACAGUAAGAUUACAUUAUUGCGUGAGAUAUACUAUGGUUUUAGACCAAACAAACCAAAUUUUACCCCAGAUGAUUAUCCAGAUUUGACCGGCAAGACUGCAAUUGUUACUGGUUGUAACACUGGUAUUGGUAAACAUUCCCUUGAACUAUUAUAUCAAAAAAAUUGUAACGUUAUCGGUAUUGUUAGAAGUCAAUCUAAGGGUGAUGAAGCUCGCGAUGAUAUUGUUAAUAACAAUCCAGAGUCUAAAGGUACGAUAACUAUUGUUAGUGGUUGUGAUUAUAUGGACUUAUCAAAGAUUCCAGCUGUUGGUCUUAAGAUUAAAGAAGUUUUAGGUACUAAAGCACUAAAUAUUAUUAUUCAUAAUGCAGGAUUAAUGGCUCCAAAUAAUGAAGGAACAUCUUUCCAAGGUUAUGAAGCUAUGUUUCAAACUAACGUCUUAGGCCCACAACUGUUACAACAUUUCAUUGAUCCCUUAUUUUUAAAGAAUGACGAUACUUCGUUGAAGAGAAUCGUUUGGGUUAGUUCUGGUGCCCAUUUAUUAGCAUUUAAUACAUAUGGUAUUAACUGGGAGGAUCCAUUGUUUGAAAAUUCACCAACUAAAGAAAGACCAAAUAACAAUGUUUUGUAUGGCCAAUCUAAGGCUGCUAAUAUAUAUCAAGCUAAGGCAUGGUACGAAGAGAAUAAAAAUAUCUGUGAAGAAAUUGGUUGUGUUUCUGUAUCAUGUUAUCCAGGUAACUUAAAGACAGACUUACAAAGAGGUUGGGGGUUUUCAAUGACUCUUGCAAAAUAUCUAAUGUGGGAUGGUGUCUACGGUGCUUACUCAGAAUUAUAUGGUGCAUUGAGCCCAACAUUAAAACCCCAAGAUUCUGGUGCAUACAUUGUUCCCUUUGGUGAAAUUCAUGACCCAAGAGAGGAUAUUAAGCUUGGUUUAACUAAUGGGGUUGCCAUCAAAUUAUGGGAAUUUGUGGAAAGUAAGAUAUCUCCUUACUUUUGA